GAUCCGAACCAACAUAGUCAUCCUCACUCCUCUUUGUCUUCAUCAAUCCUUUCUUCACCGUCAAUCUGAUGCCAGCCCUCCUCCAUGGAAUCAGAGCCAGACUCCGGUUCGCAGAGCAAGAAUGGACGAAGAGAUCGCCCGAGAGACCAUUCGCCCUCACCGUCACAGUCACAUGGCGUCACCAUCGACACUCUCCCUCGCGAGAUCGUCAUCCACAUCCUCUCGAUACUCCCCACGCCGUCUCUGUUCCGAGCCCAGUUCGUGUGCCGGUCGUGGCGAGCCCUGGCGCGAGACCCGCUCCUCCUCCAGCUCCACCGACCUGGCGCGGCGUCCUCCCACGACCCCUCCCUCGUCUUCCACUGCGACCAACCCCUCCGGAGCCAGCUCUACUUCGUCGACGACGUCUCCGGCGGCAACGGAAGGAAUUGCCGGGCGAGAAAAUUCCACCCUCCGCACAGCGUCAUCCCGCCGGAGUUCGACGUCGUCGGGUCGAGCGAGGGGUUGCUCUGCUUGGCAAAUGCCCUGAACAGCGACGAGGUCUACGUGUACAAUCCUCUCACGGGGGAGUACAGGGAACUUCCUGACUCAGACGCUUGCCAGUGGAAACAAGAGAUGGUGUUGGGGUUCGGGUUCGACGUUACCGAGAAGGACUACAAGGUGAUCAAGAUCGUGUAUAGGAUCACGAGUCGCAAUCAUCGUGUUUUCUUGGACAAUUCCGAGGUUCAAGUCUGCACCUUGAGAAGCCCGACGUGGAGGAGAUUAGGUAACGCAACUCGUUAUUUGGAAGCAACGCCCACUCAGCCUCUUGUUAACAGAAAACUCCAUUGGACCGCUUCAAGAGUCAGGCGUCGGACCGACAGGAUCGUAUCGUUCGACUUGUCCGAUGAAAAAUUCAGGAAUGUCUCAGAACCAGAAUGCGAGGAUUUCUGGAGGAGCAACCUUGAUCUGGUGGAGCUCGGAGGUUGUCUUUCUGCAGCUGUUCUGUCCUCGAGUGGAGCGUUAGAGAUCUGGGUCAUGAAGGAGUACGGCAUGAAGGAGUCGUGGAUUAAGGACUACAGCAUUGGAUCUUACCUGCCCAAGGGGCUCCAGAGCCAUGAACAUGAGGAAACCAAAGACCCAUCUUGCAAGAUGUCCAGAAUUCUGAUGCGCAAAAGGUACGGAUUAUAUGUGAGGGUCCUGGGGAUGUUGAGGAAUGGUGAUAUCUUGUUGGAGUACCAUAACAGAGCUCUGGUUCGUUAUGACCCGAAUUGCGACAAAGCCGUUGAUCUUGUGUUCGAAGGGCUGCCAAAGUGGUUCGAUUCCAUUGUCUAUGUGAGCAGCAUCAGUAGCGUUUGAGUGACAAUUUAUUAGCGGGUAAGUAAAGAGGUCCAUCUCAGUUGCAUGUAACUACUCUCUUCUCAUUGGUCCGUCUUUAUAUGGUUUAUAUGGUGACUAAUCAUGCUUUUGUAGACUUACAGUAAUGAUUUUGUGAAUAGGAGGGAUUGCAUCAAUUUAUUAUGCUUAUGCAACACGCGUAGGAAAGUAUCGCAAUUCACGUAAUUGGAAGGAUGUUACAACAAUGAGUGGAAAA